UCUGAUGCGUGUCGCUAUCAUCAGGGGCCCUGGUGAUUCAAAGAGGAACAAAAAGCUUCAUUGAAAAUACAUAGACCAAUUUGGAAUCCCAACACUUGAUGCGAAUUGCCUUGAUACGUCAUUCGAAAAUUUGUCUCACUUAGAACAACAGGAAGAAGCCCCGGGCGACAGUUUAGUUUUGGUGUCACUAAAGCGGAACGGCGGUCACUCAAUCACAAAGAAGCGUUUGUUUCCAGUUUUGUUUAUUCCAUGACGUUAAAAGAUAUCAACGGCAAAUUUUGCGGUUCGCUCGCCUGUAUAAAAGAGACGCUCGCUUUGACGAAGCUAAGAAAUCAGAUAGUAGAGUGGCUUAAACAAGACAAGAACGAUGGCAAAAAGAAAUCAAAUUCUAUUAACGAUAAUCUCCAUGCUGCUCGUGGCAUUUCACGAUGCAGUUUCGCAAAGCUGCACGGAUUCUGAGCAGGAAAGUUAUUGCAAAUAUUGGAAAUCAAAAGGCUACUGCGCUGCUGGUAGCGACUACAGACCAUAUCUGGAAAGUGUUUGCAGAAAGACGUGUGGCUUCUGUGUCGACCCUUGCCUAAACAAACCCUGCAAGAACGGUGGCGUGUGCCAAAGUAGUGGUGCGACCUUCACUUGCUCCUGUACAAGAAGAUUCGAAGGGAAAACAUGCGAAAAAGAAAAACCCUGUCUCAACACAGCAAAGUAUAUGGGUUCCUGUGCUAAUUGGAAGAAAAAUGGCUUCUGCAUCCCCAAGUCUCGUUAUUAUGGUUUUAUGCAAGAUCACUGUCCUUUGGAAUGUGGCUUCUGUAAAUUAUCGAUAAUCGAAGUUAAGAAACGCUGCUUCAACUCAAAACAAUAUGCAUCAUAUUGCCCGUCAUGGAAGAGUAAAGGUUUUUGCGACUCUGCUUCAAAGUACUACGGCUUUAUGCAAGACCACUGCAAUCGUGAAUGUGGCUUCUGUAAAGACUCUUGUGAAGACCAUGGAAGUGCAGAUUACUGUACCAAAUACCAACCAUACUGCAAGCACUCAAUGGUUGGUGAAAUAGUUUCAAAAAACUGCCGAAAGACGUGUAAAGUAUGUCAAGACACUCCAGCUUGUGGCAAGGGAUUGGACAAAGUAUUUCAGUUUCGAGUUGUUGGAGGAGAAAAUGCAAUCAAGAACUCAUGGCCGUGGCAGGCUCUCAUGUUAAAGAAUGGUAAAUUUGACUGUGGUGGGACACUUAUUGCUAAAAAAUGGGUAGUGACUGCAGCACAUUGUCUCCGUGGUGGUAUAGUGGCAAAAGAUUUGAAAAUUAUUCUUGGAGACCAUGACAGAACCAAAAGUGAAGGUACAGAGCAAGAAAUAGAUGUUUUAAGGAUUGUGAGGCAUCCAAGUUACAGUUACCAAACUAAAGAAAAUGAUAUAGCACUUCUUGAGCUAGAAAAGGAUGCAGUACUGAAUAAGUAUGUUGGAAUUGCCUGCUUGCCAACAUCAGAUCCUGUACCAUAUCACAGCUUAUGCUACAUUACAGGUUGGGGACGUACCCAAGGUUUUGGAUCUUCGGCUAACAUAUUGCAAGAAGCAAAACUUCCAGUAGUCACUAACAAAAACUGUUCUUUAUUAAAUGGAAAGGAGAGGAUCAGUAAAGGCAUGGUUUGUGCUGGAUAUGGCCUAGAUUUUAGCCACAACCAAUCUGGUUGUAACGGUGACAGUGGUGGCCCUUUUGUUUGUGGUAACGGUGACAUUUGGACUUUGCAAGGGGUUGUCAGUUGGGGAUCUUCAAGGUGCAUAUCUAGUGAAAGCUUCACAGUUUUUGCCAGAGUCAAAUUUUAUAUUGACUGGAUAAAAAAGACAAUUUUGUGAGAUGCUUUGUAGCAAAAUAGUUGUGAUGUAUCAGAUUAGACAAAAUUAGGCCCUGUUAACACCAUACUGGAUAAUCAAUUAUCAAACUACUUUGUAAAGAUUAUUCUAUAACCAAUGACCCCAGAAAACAAGAGGGAGGUUAUUCAUCAAAAGAUUUUAAUACUUUUUGAGUAGGAAGCAGCUCUUCUUCUACUCAUGAAGUUAUUGUGGAUAGAGUACCAUAUUUCUCGGCCUCUUAAUCAAGUUUCACAAAAUACAGGUGAAAAGUCGACCUCAACUUAUAUGACAGUGACAUGUUAUCGCUAAAACUUUGUAUUUAGUUACAUGCUUUUAUUCAUAAGUGCUACAUAAGUGCUGGAAUUUUAUGCAGAAAAGAAUUCCUUUUGAAAAAAAGAUUAGAACAACUUAUAAUAGGAGAGAGUGAACUACAGUUUUAGAAGUAAAAUGGUUGCUCUCACAAGUUCUGUAAUUUUUGUCAGCCAAAACUCAAAAUGAAUUGAAACAUUUUUGAAUUUAGAAGCAGCAAAAACUUGUAUUAAUUUUUAAACUUACUAAAUAAAAUAUCAAGCGUUUGCAAGAGCAAGUUUUGGGGGUCACCUUAUUUGCCAGGUAUUGCUAAAAGUGUAUAUUUUUAACCAAAAAUGAAGACUUAGAAGACUUGGGUUGGUUUACAUGCCAAGAAAUGCAGUAAAUUAUUUUUUCACAAAAAGUGAAGAAUAUUGUCUUGAAAUAUUUAAUUCCCAUUAACUUUUAUGUUGUGAAGUACAGGGUCUUGUUUUCAAAAUUAAAAUGACCAUUGUAAGUUUCCUAUCUCUAUGGUUUUUUGUAAGGCAACAUAGUUUGAAUCUUAAACUCACAUUUUGUGCAUUUAAGACUUUUUAAUAAUGACUGUAAGAAGACUUAGUUAGGUAGAAAAAUAAAUUAGGCACAAUUUUGAAACAUUUUUAAAGGACUGUCCUAUUGUAAAUCUACAAAUUUUCAUAAUUUCUAAAAAAAAUUGCAGCAAAAACAGUAUUGUAUGUUUUACAUGCCAUUUAUUAGUUCCUGUCUUAUCUGUGAAUUUCUGUGUAAGCAUGUAGUUUGCAGACUUGAAUUUCUGGCUUCAAUCAACUUUGUAUAAUUCCUGUAUACCUUUGCUUUUCUAGGGCAAGUAGGUAGUAUUUCUAAAUGUUGUAAUCAGUUAUUACUGGAAUAGAGCUUUUUCGUGUGUUUAGAACUUAAGAAGAAGGCAACACUAAUACUGAAUUAGGUAUAAUUUUCUUCUCUUGAUUCAUUAAUGUUAUUAGAAUGAUAACAUUACAUUCUACAAAAUUUAUAUAUACACACAGAAAUGCCAAAAACCAUUGGGGUCCUAGAAAUGUUCCUUUUGUAGAUUUACCAAAGGGUAUUUCUACCAUAUUUCUUAGCCCUUUGGUUGAUAUGCUGACUGAAACUUUGAUGGCUUUGGGAUGAUUUCAUAUGCCAUUGAUUCAGCAGCGAAUGGCUGUGCCAAUUCCCAUAAACACUCCAAAUGUACCACCUCCUUGCAGCAUAACUUUUCCAAUGCUUGAUACUAAUUCUCUCCCACGUAGCCCCAUUCUACAAUCAAGUAUAAAUCAUUAUAAUUUUUCAUAUUGAAUUUUAAAACAAAUAUACAAAAGCAUGUCUCAAGGAAAAAAGCCUGUAAUUAUAAACUAGAACAAUGUGAAGUGGAAUUAAUAAAAUCAGGACAAAAACUUAAGAUUCAAAUAAAUUAACACUAAUGAAAUGUUUUUCUUCAUCCCAAAAAUCAAUAAGCAUUGAUAAAGGUUUCAACAGACCAGUAAACAAAUUGUUAAUCACCAAUGCAACCUACAACAAUGCAAAUACAGAAAAAGAUUAACAUUGUUCUGUACUCAAAUGUUUCUUUUCAUUAUCUUUUUUUUUGUUAUUCAUUGGUCAUAGAAAUAAGACUAUUAAUCACUUGAUUCUUUAAACAAAUACUCAAGUUAAACAUGUCUGUUCCAGGCCAUUCAAUCUAAAUUGUUUCAAUGAAUAAAUGUUUAGCCAACAGAAACUGAUUAAACCGGAUUAUAAAGAAGUGAGGUUUAAAGUAUCACUGGUUCCGAAUCUAUAAAGGAGCUUUUCUCCUGGUAGAAUCAAAGAAUUCCCAAAACUGCAAAGAAGUAAAUUCAUAUUUGACAGUGAAACUGUGGAGUUUCUAGUGAUGGCAACUGUUUCCUUACUUGACCUUGAAACUGCAAGGAGUUUUCUCCUGUCAGUAAAAUUCCUGUUUUACCCAGUAGAUGUCAAGAAGUGAAACCUUAUGGCUAACAGCAGUAUUACCUAUAUUCACAAAAGUUUUCGAUUUUGGAGAUAAUACUGAUUAAAACAGUAAAAUAAAUAACUCACAAAAGAGAUUUUUACCAUCUUAUAGUUCUGUUUCUUCUUGUUAAUCUUCUCUUUUAAAAUAUCUACACAAAUUUUCUCUAAGCUGGUGACAUUAUAAAUUUAUUUACUUAUUUGACCUCAAACUAAUUGACCUCACUUUAGAUGUUUUUACUUCAAGCAAUCCAUUAAUCUUUGUGCAGCAUGUUUAAAAGUUGGAUUACUAUGGAAAGCAUAUGUAUUUUUCUUCAAGAUUUUACUCAUUUGCUUUCUAAAAACUUCGGCAUGGGAUAACAAAGGAAGAUUGAAAUACAACAAGCCAGGUUGUACUUUUUGUGGUUUGCUUUAAUGUAGUGGCCUACUUUCUAGAGUUACAAAAAAUUAACUUAUUCUGACCCCUUUUUGUAUUUGACACUGAGUGCUACCAACAUAAACCCCAGGCUUUAUACCUUUGUUCCCUGUGUCUCCAUCACAUUUUACAGCUGCACACAUGUCAUAGCAUAGCUUUUUAAAAAUGUCUACAUACAUAGCAGAUCUUUAAAAAGUGUACAAAACAGCUAAAUUGUGUUGCAACAUAGUUUGUGAGGAAGAAACAAUUUCUGCCAAUGUAGGGAGGUGGUCUUAGAGGAGUUGUAGAAAAGGAUGUCUUACAGGACUAUGUCAUUAGACUACUGUGUAGCAAAGGCCUUUUUGGGUGAACAACAGGUACACAAAUAAGCAGGUAAUCACAACCAUGUCUACUGUGCAAGUCUUGAAUUGCAAAAAUUCUGCUUGCUUAAAGAAAACAAUAAAAUUAUAUAAAAUUAUUGUCUCUUUGACUUUAUUGCAACCUGUCGUGAAAUUUUGGAUGCAAGACCGAAAAACGAAGUGCUUUCUUUCCAUUUUUGCAGCUAAAGACAAAGAAUCUCGCAAAUUGCACCAACAAAUCUACCUUGCUUUCUUAUCCAAAAUUAUCUCCAUCCGAAAAGAGAAAUGGAAUAUAUUCCCCUUUCGAUAAAGCUUAUUAUCCUUAACUGAUUAUGUAUCUAAGCUCUGUUCGAAAGCUUAGAUAGUAACUAAGAAAUUAUAGUAGAUUUCUAUACCAUAAAUCACUAUACAGGGGCGGCGUGGGGUGGUAUUAAAGGUAUUAGUCUAAUACCAUUUUAUUUUCAAAGGAAGGCGACUUUGGGUCUCUGAGAUUGCAGGAAAUUUAUUUUGCUUUUUGUACGCUGCCACUUUUUCACAACAAUUUUAUCGAUGCGACCAGCUCUAUUCAUAUAGCCAAGCAAUAUUCGCUUUUCUGUUCGUUGAAUGAAAGCUUUCCUAAUCCUCAUUGAAAUCUUUGAAAAGUGUAAUCCAUGCUGUAAUCAGCAGCCCUGGCCAUGGUAUUAGCCUCCAAAAACUAAUACACUGCCCCGAAAUUUCUUUUGUCUGUUGUGGUCUGCAUGACGUGAAUUUCUCUUGUUGAGCCAUGGUCGAAGAAUGGGUGAACAGCAGUCAGGUAUUAGUUUUUCAUUUCUAAUACUACGAGGGCCACUGUCAGUGGAAGGGACGGUGGAAAGAGCCCCAGCUCUAUUCUAAGGCCUCAGCUUAUAGAAAAAAUAUUUCUGGAAAUUAACUUUAUGAAUUUACAAAAUGUAGCUGUACUUUUGCUAGCAAUGCCUUUGGAUGGCUAAUUUGAUUGACAAAAUUUAGACACUGAAUAUAAAGAGCAACAGUCAUGAAAUAAUUUGUUUAAGCUAAAGGCAGUUGUAAAAGUUGUUUUGUAUGAACUGUAUGUUUUGUAAAACUUCGAUUCUAUAUGAUUGUAGAGUCAUAGGCAACAUUCUCACAUUAUUUCUCUCGGUUUCUCAAAUCAAAUGAUACAUCUUACGUUUUUUUGCUGCAUUACUCUAAAGUAAAUCGCUCGCUUAAUCGUAAUAGAAUCUCAUUCGCGGGCCAAAAGCCUCAUGGUAUUAGAAUUAAUGGGCUAAUACCUUGGGGCUCCAUUACUGGGCAGCAAACCGCUGUAUCAAAACACGAUUUCGCUCGAGUAAUUUGCCGCAGCCAUAAUUCAUUUGUAUUUCGUAGGACCGAUCCUUCACCCAAAACUAGUAGGAUGAACUACGUUACCACAGGGUCAUCAGUGUCUGGGGGGAGACAACGGGGGCCAGUGCCUUCAAAUAAGUUUGUAAGAUAUGGUAUUGCCAAAAGCUAUUUUAAACCAUCAUAUCGAAAAGGUCAUUUUGCCCACCUUCUUAAAUAAGAACAUAUAAGCUCCACCCCUGUUAAAUAGUUUCAGGACCUUGCAGGGGGACCUUCUUAUGUCUUAAUUUCGGAGGCUAAUACCAAUACUUUUCUACUCCCAGCCGCCCCUGUCACUAUAACUGUGCUAAAGGCUAAGAGCCUGUCACAGAUCUUUGGAGUGACUUCAUCCUGGACAGACCACUCUACUGACAGACCACUGUACUGACAGACCACUCAUGUCAAGUCAAACUCUAAAUAAUAACGAGUGUAACACCCAACUGAUAGAUAAUGAAUGUCAGAAAAAUAGUCUGUCCUUGGAAAAGCCACUCCAUACCCAGAUUGGAAUUUUUGCCUUGUGCAGGGGAUAAAUCCCCCGCGCACACCAAGUUUCAGCCACUAUUGCAGCCGCGCAAUUUUUGCUAAAUUGAUUCAUCCAGCUGCACAGGAUUCUUCUUUAACUGAAAACUUAUCUUGUAUGUACUUUUUGCUUGUGUGCACAUGAGGCUGGUUUGUAAAUGCUUAUCUUUGGUAUAUUGUUUUUAUCGCCACUAAUGAAGUUACUAAUGUUUUUCUCUGAAAUGUAUACCCAAAAGUUACACUGUAUUUUUAUGGUAUUUGGUCUCAGCCGCACAAAAUUUUUAUCUGUGCUAUUUGCAAAUGCGCAACUUUCAUGGACAUGAAACAGAUCCUCCGCGCAUCUUUCACAGAUUCCAUUCUGGCAGUCCAUACUCAUUGUAUUUUCUCAAAAAUAUAAGGUUGUUGUCUUAAUUUAAGCUACUGAAAAAAUUUCGUCUUUGCAAACAAAGUAUUUCUUCUCUCCAAAUAAAUUGUCCAAAUGAUUCUUGAAAGAAUUUAGCGUGUGGUCUAGCUGAGCAAGUUAGUUUCCAAUAAUCAUGUUUUUUAUCGAGCUUAAAAAAUCGAGGAAUGCAAAUCGGCCCAGCUAUAAAAAACAACGAGGAAAGAUAAAUUCCUUAACGAAAGCCGCCUUUUAUUUCUGGAAUGAGAUCAUUAACAACCAAAAUGGAAAAUUACAGUUUUUACGGUUGUUUCUAUUGGAUUUACUACCUGAGUGCCGAGUAGGUCCCGAAGAGAGCUGCUGAGCUCAUGCCAACAGCACAACCAAUCAUGAAUCCUAGCUUCACACGAUCAAAGCAAGAAGGCUGCGGUGCUCGUUGCAUUUUGUAAACUAUAUUUCUAGGUAGCUUAUGUGCUUCGAGAUAUGCUCGCCACGCACUAGACCUUGGAUCUGUACUUCCAGCAUCUUAAACCCGUCUCAAUAUGAAACAAAUUCUGCCUCUUCUCCAGAAAGCCUCUUUUAGGCAAAUAACCUCGUAAGCGGCGGGGAAUUCCAAAUGGCCGUUUGAUUUUUAUCUUGUGGCAAUGCUUGCCCCUUUCCUUUUACGACGAUUUCAGACAAUAACAAGAGGGACGCGUACAAUAUUUGAGAUGAGGAUACCGGACAGAUGGCUUGAAUAUUCUCGGAUAGGAGAAAGAAUUGCUGGCUCUCCAUUCAUUUGCUUUAAAACACCUUUGUCAGAGAAAUAUAGUAACAAAUACAGCCAUGUCUAUGGACUCAAAGAAGAUGAAGAGUUUACUCCUGCCCAGCUAUGCAGAAUAUUGACAGCAGAAGGCUACAGACUGGGAAUGGUCAUUGAUCUCACAAAUACCUAUCGCUACUAUGAUGGUGUUCAAG